AUAUGUCGUAGAUCCCAUGUCCAUUGGAUAUUGUUCGUUGUUGAUUGCUACGAAACUUUUAAGCUUGAUGAACAACUACCGCUGUAUGUUUGGUAACUGUAUCUGGACUUUAAGAUAUUCGGUUUACUUCUGAAGAUGGACGUAAAGAUACGAAGAUGGUGAAUUGAUGGAUCAGCAAAAUAAAGGAAGGGUCAAAGUUCGUUCUGAUCACCUGCCUAAAUCGAGCGAAAUGACCGAAGGAACACAUGUGCACUUAAAAUGAGUAUGUGAUUACAUAGGUUAUUUAGCACAUCUAAUGGUAACCUCUUGAUAUCAAAAUAUUUCGUCAGAAACCUAAUCUAAUUCUGACAUCACCUGUCAUGAAUUUACCCCGCAUUCACGCAGUUCGGUAUCUUUAAAACCAACGAUGAAGAACAACGAUGAAAGAUCACCAAUAUUGGGUGAGAGAGAGAAAGAAAGCAAAGGCGUCAAAUUUGGAUGGAAAGCCCUUGUAAUGAUAGUAACGACAGCAAUUAUAAUGACAGUAAUGAUUAACCCUUUCUCACAAUUAACGGUAACUCGUAAAAAGUACACCGGUCAAACUGAAAACUAUAAAUCAAAAGUUGUGUUAGACACACCAUGGACGAAGGAUGCACACACUGGAUGGGAUAACUACCCUCGUCCACAACUACACAGGUCAAAUUGGCAGAACCUUAACGGCUUAUGGGAAUAUAGCAAAGCAAAGGGAACGAAAGAGCUGUUUUCACCGCCAUUUGGUGAGAAAUUACCUCGUGAAAUUCUCAUUCCAAGUUGUAUAGAAAGUGGUUUAAGUGGUAUAAGUGAAUAUAGCGAACACAACUGGUUUAGGACACUUUUCAAUGUAUCACAUAACCUCAGAAAUGAACAAUUUUUACUCAAUUUCGACGCAAUAGAUUAUGAAGCGGUUGUAUAUCUAAAUGGCGUCGGUGUUGGUUCACAUAGGGGUGGUUAUUCAAGGUUUACCGUUGACAUCACUCAUGCUAUCAAAGAAUACGACAAUGAGCUUAUAGUUUUCGUACGUGAUCCAACCGAUAAAUUAGGAGAAAACAUACCGCUAGGAAAGCAAAGGAAUGUUCACGGACACAUGUUCUUCGCGCCAUGUAGUGGUAUUUGGCAAUCAGUUUGGUUAGAAUCAGUUCCAAGAAACCAUAUCAAGAAAGUUGACAUAUCGGGUGAUAAAAAGGGAGUUUUGAGUGGUGUCAUUCAUACAGAGAAACCUACAAAGUUUGACUUACAAUUGAAAGAUAAUGAUACAAUAGUGGCCAAAACUUCAGCCAAGUCGAACAAACCAUUCCGAUUACACGUAAAUGGUGUUAAGCUAUGGAAUAUUUCUAAUCCUCAUCUAUACAAUAUUACAAUAAAAACAGAAGAUGAGACAGUAGAAAGUUAUGUAGGAUUCCGUUCAAUUGAAGUUGGAAUUAAAGAUGGUAUCAAGAAACCCCUCCUUAAUGACGAAUUUGUCUUUACUUUCGCGCCACUUGACGAAGGAUACUGGCCAGACGGGUUGUAUACACCACCUAGUGAAAAAGCAAUGCAGUUUGACGUAGAUUACCUCAAAGAUAUUGGAUUCAGCGGUAUUAGAAAGCACAUUAAAGUUGAGCCCGAUCUUUUCUACCAUUACACAGACAGAGUUGGUAUGUUAGUUUGGCAAGAUGCUCCAAGUAUGAUGCACGAUCGUACACCAACAUCUGCGCAGAUUGGUGAAUUUGAAAGACAGUUUUUGGAAAUCGUCGAUAGUCACAAGAAUUUCCCGUCAAUUGUUACAUGGGUGUUAUAUAACGAAGGAUGGGGUCAAAUUGAUGGCGGAAUUGAGAAACAAUUACUUGAUAAAGUUGUGCAAAUUGAUUCAACUCGUUUGAUUGAUGCAGCGAGUGGAUGGAAAGACAACGGUUAUGGUGAUUUCCAUGAUGUACAUCAUUACAGUGAACCACUUUGCGGUAUUAAUGUUGAAACCACAUUAGUUACAUCACCUGAUGGCAAGAGAAUAGAAGCCAAUAUGGAAAUGGGUGGAGUUGGACAUCUUGCACCACCAGAACAUAAUUGGCCAGAUAUGAGAACAUACAAAGAAACCUAUGAGGUUGCAGGAGAUGUACCAACGUGGAAUUUCAGAACUCAAUUCAUACUUGAAGAAUUAAGAAGACAAAUUGAGUUUACAGGAUUAUGUACAGGUGCAGUAUACACUCAGACUACGGAUAUUGAGAGUGAAGUAAACGGUUUACUAUCAUACGACAGAAGAUUUUCACGUCCAAAUAUUGAUGAAUGGAAAGAAGCUAUAAAUGGGAUAUACAAAGCUAGUAAUAGUACAUAUUCGUCACUAUAA